AUGGAGCACAUCCGCACGCCCAAGGUGGAAAACGUCCGCUUGCUAGAUCGAAUAUCUCCCAAAAAAGCAGCCCUAGGAACUCUGUAUUUGACGGCUACUCAUGUCAUAUUCGUGGAAAACGCGCCCGACACAAGAAAGGAAACAUGGAUUCUUCACAGCCAGAUUUCCACCAUCGAGAAACAGGCAACCACAGCUACUGGAUGCCAUCUGCUGAUUCGUUGCAAGAACUUCCAGCUCUUACAGCUCAUCAUACCCCAGGAGAGAGACUGCCACGAUGUGUACAUCUCUCUGAUACGCCUCACAAGGCCAGUGAAAUACGAGGAGUUAUACUGCUUUUCGUUCAACCCCAAGCUGGAUAAGGAAGAAAGGGAGCGAGGCUGGCUGCUGCUGGACCUCAGUGAGGAGUACAGGCGCAUGGGCCUCCCGGGCGAGCACUGGCAGCUCAGCGACGUGAACAGAGACUACCGGGUCUGCGACUCCUACCCGACCGAGCUGUACGUUCCCAAGUCGGCCACCGCCCACAUCAUCCUGGGGAGCUCCAAGUUCCGGAGCAGACGGCGGUUUCCUGCCCUGUCUUACUACAGCAAGCAGAGCCACGCCUCCAUCUGCCGGAGCAGCCAGCCCCUGUCCGGCUUCAGCGCCCGGUGCCUGGAAGACGAGCAGAUGCUCCAGGCCAUCAGGAAAGCCAACCCGGGGAGCGACUUCGUUUACGUCGUGGACACGCGGCCCAAACUCAACGCCAUGGCGAACCGUGCUGCCGGGAAAGGCUACGAGAACGAGGACAACUACUCCAACAUCAAGUUCCAGUUCAUCGGGAUAGAGAACAUCCACGUCAUGAGGAACAGUCUGCAGAAGAUGCUGGAAGUGUGCGAGCUGAAGUCCCCCUCCAUGAGCGACUUUCUGUGGGGCCUGGAGAACUCCGGCUGGCUGAGGCACAUCAAGGCCAUCAUGGACGCUGGCACGUUCAUUGCCAAGGCGGUGGCGGAGGAGGGGGCCAGCGUGCUGGUGCACUGCUCCGACGGCUGGGACCGGACCGCACAGGUGUGCUCCGUGGCCAGCCUCCUGCUGGACCCGCACUACCGGACCCUCAAGGGCUUCAUGGUAUUAAUUGAAAAGGACUGGAUCUCCUUUGGCCAUAAGUUUAAUCACAGAUAUGGCAAUCUAGACGGUGAUCCAAAAGAAAUCUCUCCAGUUAUUGACCAGUUCAUCGAGUGUGUGUGGCAGUUAAUGGAACAAUUUCCUUGUGCAUUUGAGUUCAAUGAGCGGUUUCUGAUUCACAUUCAGCAUCACAUAUAUUCCUGCCAGUUUGGAAACUUCCUAUGUAACAGUCAAAAGGAGAGACGAGAACUCAAAAUCCAGGAAAGAACAUACUCGUUAUGGGCUCACCUGUGGAAGAAUCGGGCCGACUACAUGAAUCCUCUCUUCAGAGCUGAUCACAGUCAGACCCAGGGAAUCCUUCGUCUCCCCACAGCACCAUGCAACUUCAUGUACAAGUUCUGGAGUGGCAUGUACAACCGUUUUGAGAAGGGGUUGCAGCCCCGCCAGUCGGUCACCGACUACCUCAUGGCAGUGAAGGAGGAAACGCAGCAGCUGGAGGAAGAGCUGGAGGCCCUAGAGGAGAGGCUGGAAAAAAUCCAAAAAGUCCACUUAAAUUGCUCCAAAGUGAAGAGCAAGCCAAGUGAGCCCAGCAAAUACUCGGGGUUUUCCACCCCGGACAGCAGCGCGGCCAACACUCCUCAGGACUACAGCGGGAACAUGAAGUCCUUCCCCUCCAGGAGCCCCUCCCAGGGCGACGCAGACUCCGCUCUGAUCCUCACCCAGGACAACCUGAAAAGCUCAGACCCAGACCUGUCCGCCAACAGCGACCAGGAGUCCGGCGUGGAGGACCUAAGCUGCCGCUCUCCGAGCGGAGGCGAGCGUGCGCCCAGCGAGGACAGCGCCAAGGACCGGGACUCGGACGAGGCCGUGUUUCUAAUGGCCUGA